AUGAGGUCGCCAAAUUUAUGGCAGUCGCUUAGACUGCUGCAGCGCACAUCAUAUUAUCGCGACAUUCCCCGCCACUCCAUCCAUACAGCCACUUCUCGGAUCCCGAACUUCGCAUUUGCCUUCGAUAUUGACGGUGUCCUCCUGCGAUCUUCCAAACCAAUACCCGGUGCCGCUGACUCCCUAGCCCUCCUGAAAGACCACGGCAUUCCAUUCAUCCUGCUCACCAAUGGAGGCGGGAAACACGAAACCGAGCGCGUCGCAGAGAUCAGCAACAAAUUGCAGGUGCCAUUGGAUCCAUCUGUCAUUGUCCAGAGCCAUUCGCCUUUCGCGGAGCUAGUCAAAGGCGCCGAUGAGGCGAGUUCGCUAGAAAACAAGUGCAUUAUGGUGGUCGGGGGCGAUGGGGAUAAUUGCCGACGUGUCGCGGAACAGUACGGGUUCAAGAACGUCAUUACCCCCGGCGAUGUCUUCAUGGCCAAUCCGUCAAUCUGGCCGUUCUCGAAAAACUUCAACAACUACUAUGAGACCUUUGCCAGGCCUCUGCCCAAACCUGUUGACCCGACCGACCCAACAAAAGGCCUCAAGGUCGACGCGGUCUUCGUAUUCAAUGAUCCUCGGGACUGGGCCUUGGAUACCCAGGUCGUCAUGGAUCUCCUGCUGUCCUCCCAAGGACACAUGGGGACACUAUCAGAGAAGAAUGGGCGGACUGACCUUCCUAAUCACGGGUACCAGCAGGAUGGACAGCCCCCUCUGUACUUCUCCAACCCGGAUCUGUGGUGGGCCGCCGCCUAUCCCUUGCCCCGGCUUGGCCAGGGCGGGUUCCGCGAGGGAUUGGAGGGUGUCUGGGCGGCGACGACAGGCGGUCCCAGCAAAGGCAUUGAAUUGAAGAAAACCGUGAUUGGGAAACCCUACCAAGGAACUUACGAGUUUGCAGAGCGACAGCUGCUUCGCAACCGUGCAACCACUUUUGGCGAUGCUACAGAUCUCCCGCCGUUGCAGAGGGUAUAUAUGGUCGGGGACAACCCAGAGUCAGAUAUCCGGGGCGCAAAUUCCUACCGUAGCGAGGUUGGCAGCAACUGGCACUCAAUUUUGGUGCGGACUGGAGUUUAUAGCGGCGGGGAGCCAGCUUGGAUGCCUCAAACAGUUGCAGAUAAUGUGCAAAAGGCAGUGGAGUGGGCGUUGAAGUCUUCGAAGUGGCCGGCAUAA